AUGUCUACAGCCGCAGCUAAGGUACAGCGAGUCGAGGCUUCUGCGGGCCGUGACGCCGUGCUCAAUGCCCUCCGUGAAGAUGGCGUGGUCAUCAUCAAGAGCCUGUUCACGAGUGACCAAGUCCGGCGCCUAAAUGAAGACGUGCAGCCUGCUAUGGAUAAGCUCGGAGUGGGCUCCAAGCAUACGGAAGCAACGAUAAAGGAGUUUUAUGGCGACAACACAAAGCGAUUGAUUAACGUGAUCACGCUAAGCAAGACCUUUCGUGAGGAGAUCAUAGAGAACAACUUGAUUCAUCAACUGUGCGAAGAGAUAUACCUGGAGGACGCUGGCGGCUACUGGAUGAACACUGCCCAAGUCAUCGAUAUCGGUCCGGGCAGCAAGGCUCAGCCUCUGCAUCGCGAUCAAUGGCAAUUCCCAAUCUUCACUUACUGCGGGCCCAACGCGCCCGAGGCCAGUAUCAACUUCGUCGUGGCGUUGAGUAAAUUCACCGACGAGAACGGCGCGACCAGAGUCAUUCCCGGGAGCCACAAGUGGACUGACUUCAAGGAAAACGGAUCCCCAGAAGAUACCGUCCCGGCCGAAAUGGAGAUCGGCGACGCCUGUUUCAUCACCGGAAAGGUCGUGCAUGGAGGUGGUGCGAAUACGACCAAGGACCUCACCCGAAGGGGUAUCGCCAUGGUUUUCCAAUGCUCCUACCUAACCCCAGAAGAAGCACAUCCCUUUCUCGUCGAAAAAGAGCUUGCGAAAACUCUCACGCCGCGCGCCCAGCGCAUGAUUGGGUUCCGAUCACAAUUUCUGAAGGACAGCCCUGGGGUAUGGAAGUGUGACUACGGCGAG